AUGCCCAUUGUGGAGCACCGAGCCAGCGAUGUGUUCCAAGACCAGCAGCUGCACUUCCAAGUUGUGGUGCUUGACCGACAACUGUUCAUCUGGAUCGGCGUGGAGCCGCCCCGCCUGAGCAACCUGUGCAUGGCGAUGCCCACCCGCCUGGAUCCCAUCCCUUCAGCCACUUCGCUGCUCCCUGGGCGCGCCGAUGACGACAUCAUCAGCAUGUCGCAGCGUCUAGCAAAGAAGGUGGGCAAGCCGGUGGCGCUAUCGGUCAACCUACCCGCCAACCAGCCCCUGAUGCGAGCAUUUGUUGAGAAGCGGCUGCUUCAAGAGCUGCAGCAGCUUGACCUGGUGACUGGGGAGGUGGCAGCGGCCAGUGUGCAGCAGGCAGCCAACCUCAAUUUACAGCCUGCCCAACCAACUACCCAGCCAUAG